GUCCGCCGUCCGACUACGGCCAGUUUCCAUAGGCAGCUGUGGAGAUGAUCAAUCGCAAAUCUCUUGACGGCGCGGCAUCCAGCACCAAGGCUCUCUGAAAAAAAUCGAAAAAAGGUAGAUUAGUAGCGCCUCUUGUUCCCCUUGUCGUUGCGAUUUUCUCGCUCUCACCCUAGCUUUGGGAAAUUUUCUGUAGUUUGACACCAGUACCACUACCAGCACAGGCCUAUGAGCAGCAGCUGCAAGUUAGGGGAAAGGGAAACAGCUGGGAAAAUGCGUCUUCAAGAAGAAGAUGAUACUUCUACUGCUAAUGACAGGUUAAGCCACCUUCCAGAACCCAUUCUCCAUCACAUUCUUUCAUUUCUAGACACCAAAUCCGCUGUUCAAACCUCUGUAUUGUCCCAUGCGUGGAGAUGCACUUGGAGACAUGUCCCUGUUCUCGAUUUCGUUAGCCUUUCGUUUGAGGAAUAUGGGAGUUUCGUUAGCUUUGUGGACAAGGUUUUGUCUCUUCGAUAUCCCCUCAAUCUCUGUAAGGUCAGCUUCAUCGACAAAGUGGUUCUGAAUGAUGAAGAACAUAAUAAGCAUUGGAGGUUCCCGAGGGUUGUAGAAUAUGCCCUCGCCCAUAAUGCUCAACAUUUGGUGGUCGUUAUGGAGAGGCCUUGGUGGAUCCAGGAGAGUUGUUUGUUUAGCUCAGGCUUGAAUUGCAACCUCAAGACUCUAGAAUUAACAUAUGCAUUCCUCGACCGCGUUGGAUUUGGAUCUUCUGUUUUUCAGUCGAUGACAACUCUGCAUUUGCACGUUUGCUUUCUGCAUUCUGAGGAGGAUCUCGUAUGUGUUCCUAACUUUCCCUGUCUGGAGAAUUUGGUCUUGAGUGCCUGCCGAGGCCCCAUUCUUCGUCCAGACCAUCAGAGUAUAAAGAUAUCCGGGGUCCGCUUGCUCAGCUUGAAACUAACAGGAUGCUUUUUUACCAAGAUUGAUGUAUCUGCACCAUGUCUGAAAUUCUUCACUCUUGACGAUGCAAUGGUCCCUCUUGGGUUCUCAGAGUUGAGCCUUCCGUCACUCGAUUAUGCUGAUAUUCGGAUGAACAGAACUGCGGACCUAUAUUUAAUUGCCUUGUUCUUUGGUUUGCACAAUGCAAAAUCUCUGACGCUGGAUUCAAAAACCAUCCAGGAAGUGAGUAAGUUCAACAAUCUGGAACAUCUACCGUCUCCCUUUACUAGACUGAAGUAUCUGAAUGUGCAAUCCAGCACCAUACCUUACAAAGUGGCCACUUACUUUCUUAAAGGAUCACCAGAUACAGAGCCAAAUAUCGAGUUCUUACCAAAUGGUACCCAAGAAGAUCCAUGAUGAAUUGCCCGAACAACAGCGGUCGAAGGGAUUCAAGUCCUCGAUCUUGGUGUCCAAUAGUGUAUCAUGCUAAGAGUUGUCAAUCGCUUUCCUCAGGAUCCUCUGGUGAAGAACCGGCUUCUAGACAUAAUUAGGUGUUACUAUGAGUAUGAACUCAAUUUCCAGUGAAUGUUUGGUUAAUAAAUGAAGUGAAUGUAA